UCUUCUUCUUCUUCUUCUUCUUCCUCUUCUCAUCGUCGCUCUGGAGAUAGCGAACAACUCGGCACUCAAGAGAAUCCUUGCAUAAACUAUUCUGACUAAGAAUGAUACAUUUAUACAUAUAUAUAGCCGUUUUUUUCCCAUUGACCACUCCGUAACCUCCUUUGAGUUAAGCAGUUCUUGGCCCUUGUCAUAUGCAGUUGCGGGUGAGUAAGAAUACUCUGUUGGUUUUCUGGGCUCCGGAACUUGCAGCGCAUAUCACGACAGCCUGUGUCUCUGUCAUCAAUGACGAAACGAAACGAAACGAGGGGUGGCAACUUUUGCAUCGUCGACCUCCGUUCGCAGCCGGUGGUGGCAACGGGCCCAAGACAUAUCUGAAUCGGUGGCGUCCGGGAGAGCGUUUGGGGAUGGGGGCAGGCAUCUCGGGAGCUGACCCUACUGUAGGUCUCACAUGGAGGGCGUCCCAUGAUAAUAUUACAGAUUUAUUAACCCCAUAACCUGUUAUUCCCUUUGAGGGUCAAUCAUAUACGAUCAUACGGUAGGAAACUAACGGUGCACAUUGCCUAUAAUGAUUAUAUUCUCUUCUUUUAUAACUCUGCAAUUGCUUACUAUCGUAAUACCCACCGUCGUUAUCAUCAGUCCUUAUUUACGAUGAUAUAAUAGGUACCUACGUCACGUCUGCCACUCACCAGAUACCUACGUAGUAUACCAGCUCUGUGUGACAGUUCCCCCGGUUGCGCAGAUACAAUUUAAC